UAUCAUAAGGCGCGCUCGAGUCGAAGCGCAGCUGAAGAUGGCGGUUGUUAUGCUGGUUAACUACCAUAGACCUCUGGCUAUAACUGUCCCAUCCCAAUCGCAAAACCCUAGCUUCAAUUCCCGCAGAAUUAACCCCAAUCAAUUCCAUGCCUGGAGGGCUCGCCGUCGCCCCAUAAUCAAUGGACUGAAUGGAGACACAGAAUCCGAUCCGGACAAUCCACAAGAUAAGGAAGUGGACAAUUUGGGAGUUAAAGCUGCAUUAUGUGUGCUCAAAUUCUACAAAAGGGAAAUCUCACCUCUGUUGCUGAAUAGUUGCCGGUAUGUCCCAACCUGCAGUGAGUACUCAAUGCAAGCUUACAAGAAAUAUGGAUUUGCAAAAGGUUCAGUCUUGACAGCUUGGCGAAUCUGUCGUUGUAAUCCCCUUGGCGGCACUGGAUAUGAUCCUCCUCAAUGGUUCGACGAGACAAGUUUGCCUGAAGAAGAAUAGACGAAUUAUGCCACAUUCCCUGUAUAAGAUUAAAAGUUCGUUCUUUUUUUCUAAUACAAAAGAUACUGAGAGAGGAAAAAUCGAACGGAAAACUUCGGUACAUGAAUGAAUGCUCUUAACCGCUUGAAGCCUUAUGAGACGUUGACCCUACAUUACAUUAUUUUAUGGUUCUGCUGCCCCACAACAUGAUUAAAGUCGUUAA